AUGGGUAAAAAGAAACAUCAGGAGUACGAGUUUGGCGGUGGAAAAAAAGUAAGCAAAAAUAAUCGUAGUGGUUCGUCAAAAACAAAAAAAAACAAAGAUUUUCAAAAAGUCAAACUUCGAGCCGGCAAAUUUAGACCAAAAAAUUUGAAUGAAACUAAAUUACAAUUUCAAACAAGAUCCAUUUUCAUUCGUGAACAAAUAGCAAAAGAUUAUAAUACGGAAAAAAUCGAUGAAAUUAUUAUUCGUUUACAUCAUGGUACAGUAGCACAUAAAUUAACUGUACUCGAUACACUUAAACAACGAUUAAAUAAUGAUCCGUCAACAUGGAUGAAUUCGUCAGAUAAUUUAAUUGACAGCACAACAUCAUUAUUAUCCAAUGAACAUGUUAGUCUUUAUCGCUCGAGUUUAGAAUGUUUAAAACUAAUAUUAAAUCGUAUACAAUCAUCAAAUACUGAUCCUUUAGCUCCAUUUAUACCGUUAGUUUGUCAACGUCUUAUAUCAUUGAUCACAAAUAUAAACGAUGAUAUUCGUGAACGUUCAUUACCUUUUCUGGAAUUGUUAUUACAACAUUAUUCAUCAACAAACAAAAAUAAUGCUCUGUCAUCUCAAUCAUUGGCAGUUUUAGAAAGUUUAUUACAACAAAUGACAAAAAUGACACGUUCGGAUCAAAAAUUCAUAGUUAAUAUCGAAACAGCAACGUCAAAAACAUCAUCAUCAAAAAAUUGGCAUUCAAGAAUGUUAGAAGCAAUUUAUGAAUUAGUUGAAAUCUAUUUUAAUAAAAAUCAAAUUGAAAACAAUAGCUAUGAUCAAAUUAACAGUUUAGAACAGCAACAAGAAAAUAAACAAAUGAUUAAGUUAUAUGAUUCAUUCAGAUAUUCAGAAUCAAAACCAUUUAGAGCAAUCGAUAAUCUAUUUCAAGAUCGUUCUGAUUUGCCAAAAUUUUCUCGUGUUAUUGAUUUAUUAGUGAAUGUUUUAUUACAAUAUUGGUCUGAAAUGCGUAUACAUCUUCAUGAACGUCAACAUUAUCGAGAUGCACUAUUAUCAAUGUGGUUAUGUAUGAAAAUAUUAAGUAAAAUUAUGUUACCAUCAUCAACAGAUUUAAAUUCACUCUAUUAUCAAUAUGAUAUUAAACAGCUUAUUGCCAAACACGCAUCCCAAUUAAAAAAAUAUUUAUUAAAAAAUUUUCCAUUUGAUGAACAAUUAUACGGUGAUUUUAAUACUCAAAAUUUGAAAGAAAAUGUAACAAUAAGACGAUUAAAUAUAAAAAUAAUUGAUGUUUUAUCGAUUUAUUUUCCUGUUGAAAAUGUACAACAAACAAAAGAGACAUUGCUACCAAAACAAUUUGUUACAAUGAUUAAUUACAUGUUUGAUUUGUUGCAAAAAAGAAACUUAACGGAUAAUGAAGCGCGAGAUACGUUGAUGUUUGUCGAAAAAUGUAUUACAGCAUUUCAAGAUGAUGAGUUGACUACUAAAUCAAUCGAAGGAAUCAAAUUCUAUUUGCAAUUAUCAACACAUUCACUUCGUACACAUUACGUUGCAUUUCGUAUUCUAUGCGAUUGCAUAAGACAACAAUUAUUUAAAAAAUUAAAUUCUAAUUCAGAUUUACCUGCUAACGAAAUGGUAUGGUUUGUAGUUCAAGUUAUACGCUCAUCAGAAGAUGUAUUUAAUGAAAAUGAAAAAGAAAUUAUUUUACGACAAAUGACUCAAAUAUUUACAUAUAGAUUAGAACAAUUUUCAAAAUUAUUCACUGAAAUAUCGUUAGACUAUUUUGCCAUUUUAAAAACAUCAAAAGGUGUUCAACAACAUUUAUUAAUAACAUGGUUCGAUGGUCUUUCACCAAAUCAAACGUUAGAUUCAUCGGUAUUUUUGAGAAUUCAACAAUACGUUCAAUGGGAAAUACUUGAAUAUCAAAGUUUACAACAAUUUUUAUCUAUCAUCUUUAGACAAUAUGAUGUGUACGGCACUCAGUAUUGCUCAUUAGAUGAACUUUCACUAUUUUUACAUCAAUUAAUGUUUUCAUAUAAACUAGAUGGUUAUGUAUCAACAGAAAAUAUUAAAAAUAAUGAAUAUGAAUAUGGUUUAAAAUUUGUUAAACGAACAGAGGCAAUUGUUAACAAGUUACAAACAUUGAAAAGUAAUCACGAUGAUCUAUUUACAGCAUUAUGGACACGGCUUGCAAAUGAUUUAACAAGAUCUAGCAAAACAUUGAAAUGGUUUGAAUGGUGUGCGAUUUAUCUGCUAUAUUCUAUUGAUCAGUGGAUUGGUCCAAAUACUUCUAUUCAAACUCAAAUGGGUGCACAAUUUAUUAAUGUAAUUAAAAAAUGUAUUACUUACGGUAUUAUUGAACAACACAAGUCUCAAAAUAGUUAUAAGAAUGAAACAGAAUAUUUGUAUCAUUUAAUAUUGAAAUGUAUACGUCAGUCAGAUGAUUUGAAAAUUUUAUUAAACAAAUGUCUUGAAUUUGUUCAAGAACAAGAAAUAUGGGCAAUUUGUAAGGCUAUAUUGUGUGCAUUUACAAGCUUGUUAAAUUUUGCGCUAUUUUCAACAUUUUCAUAUCCAUCGCCACUUUUUCGUGAUUUAUCAGCAAAUUCUCAAGAAAAACAUCCAAUAUCAACACCAAUACCCCAACAGUGCACACUAUUUCUAUUCUACUUGACAAAACAAACAACAACAAUAAAAAAAGCACUAUUUCACGUUAAAACCGACAUGCGUGAAUAUCGUUUAAAACGAAACUCUGAUCCUCUUUCGUCUUUUCACGAACGACAGAAUAAUUUAACAAAACAAUUUGAACGAGCACAUCAAAUGUUACAAAAUCUAAAAGAUUUUGUUACUUUGGGUCACUUUAUCCAAAUGAAUAAUGAAGAAGAUAAGAAAGGCAAUGAUGAACGACAUUAUAAUAACUAUAUUAUUCCAUUUCUAAAAUUAAAUAAAACACGUAAAGAGAUGCGAUCAAUUGUUGAUGUCUUAUUUCAAGAAGGAAAUAAUUAUGGUAAUCAACUAUUUGCAAAUAGAAUGUUAUUAUAA